GCUUGCGUCAUCGCCGCGGGCGCUGCUUCCUGUUGUCUGAGGCUGCGAGGCGGCCACCGCGUCCGGAGCGAAGCUGAGGGGCUGCCGCGGCCCUGAGCGCCCGUCACCGCCUCCCGGCUCCCCGUGGUCAUCAAGAAGAGGCUUGUGGGCUCCAUGAAGGCCUUGCAGAAGCAGUACGUGUCCUGGGACACGGUGGUGACGAGUGAGGAUGCCGACGCCAACACCGUGUACAGUGCCCUGGAGGCCAUGUUCAUCCACUGUCUGCACACCAAGCACAUCCUCGCCGAGGAGGGAGACGAAAGGAAGAAGCAUGCUCAGUGGAAGCCCUUGUCGCAGCCUGCCUUCUGGCUCCUCUGAAAGCCAUCACCCACAGUUCCCCGAACCCUGCAAGGAGUGAUCCUUGAGCUCAGACCCAGGAGUCAGCCCUGCGCAUCGCCAGUAUCUAGUAACUACCGGAUAUUGUCAGACCAGUGACAGUCAAGUGGCCCUGGCAUUCAAGAAAUUGAAAAUUCAGGAGGCUGACAGAAUUCUCAGUCAUAAUCCUCGAACAACUAUGGAAGAUUCAUAUCUUUUUCAAUUGCCAGCAUUAAAAUAUCUAGACAUGGGAGCAACACAAGUGUCACUUGGACCAAUCCAAAACAUCCUCAUGAUGACUCUUAAAUUGGAAAAACUGAUAUUACCUAGGCAUCUCACCUGCUGCCUCUGCCAAUUUAAGAAUAAAAUAGACUCUGUCUGCAAAGUAGUCAAACUACAUUGUGAAUGUACCAGCAGCACACACUGCGGGCGACCAGCGUGGCUGCUGGGAGCUCCGAUCCUAACGCAGAUUCUGCACCCCGUCCUGCUGAUCCCCGACUCGUCCGUCCCCAAGCCCUGGAUUUCUCCUUCCCGUGCUCCUGCACUUGAAUCCCCUCAUGCCCUUCAACCCCGGGCCAAGUCCGGGUUUUUUGAUCGUUUCACCUCGACUGUUGGCCGGAUGUUGUUCCCGCCGCAGAAGUUUAAAGGUUUCAUUCCCAUCCGGGAUGAAUACUCAGUUGGAACUCCCAGAAAGUCUAAGAAACCUCAUCAUCAACCACAACAGAUGCAGGAUGAGGACUUAGAUUCCAGUAUGGAUAUCUUUUAUCCCGAGGGGAGAGAACCCUUGGAUGUACUGGGAGAUUCAGAGAAACACCCACAGAUCCCUCACAAGACUGAAUCCUUUUCACCCCAGUCCCAGCAUCCAGAACCCUCUGAAGAGCUAGAACAGCUUCCCUUUAAGGCCCUGGAAGCUGAAGUUUCAGCAAGCACACAACAGACCCCAGCUGCACUUCCAGGAUCUCCUGAGGAAUCGAAACCUUUAGUUCAGGACUUAGAUUUGCUGUCCAGUACCCCUGAAGAGGGUGAUACUGCUUCAGUCCUGCCAGAAAUCCUAGUUCAGCCUACAUUGGGUCCUGAGGAAAUGGGGUCUUCAGUACCUCAGGAGGUGGAAGCUCAGUCUUCAGAGUCAGGUCUGAAAGCUCAGUUUUUACUGCAUCAUCAGCCAAAUGAACUGUCUCCAGUCCAGAAAGAAGCCCAUCUUUCAAAUAUAUCUACUGUCAUCAUCAAACCUGCCUAUCUGCAGAUUACCGGAACUCCAAGAGUCAACAAGCAGGAUGAAAUUUCAACCCAGCCAGAAACCCUAAGUCUAAGUCACACAGGAGAGACCCGUGAAGAGAAUGAACACUCUCUAGCUCAAGAGGUGGCCCAGUCUCAGCCUCUAGAGAGCCCUAAGGGUGACUCUGCCACACAGCAGGAGGCAGUGGCUCAAGCUCCAGAGAUCCUUGAGGUGACUGAAUCUUCUAUCCAGCAGGAAUCCCUAGCUCAGCCUCCUGAAUCUUCUAUGGAGUUGGAAGCUCAACCAUUUCUUCAUCCUGCGGAAAAUCUUCCAAUUCCAAAUCAGAAUGGAACUUCACACUUAAACUUGCCCCAUGUCACUGCUCAGCAUUUGAGUGUGACAUUUUCCAUUUUUUCAGAGGUUGGUGAUGAGGUUGAAUCUUCUCCAGUGCCACAGGAGGCCCUGGAUCAGCCGUCUGAGCCAUCUGAGGAAUCUGUCACUAAUCCACCUCUGCAUCCCGAAGAGUUUAUUACAUCUUCACGUCACAAUGAAUCCCCAAGCUUAAAUUUGACAUAUGUCAGUGCUAAAGCUAUUGGUGUGACAUUUUCCAUAUCUACAGAGAUCAGUAAUGAGGAUGAACCUUCAGUCCAGCAGGAGAUGCAGGCUCAGUCUCCUGAGCCAUCUGAGGAAUCAGUCACUCACCCUUUCCCGCAUUCUGAAGAAAAUAUUCCAUCUCCAAGUCACAGUAAAGCUCCACACAUCAACUUGCCCAGUGUCACUUCUAAUCCUAAGGGUGUGACUAUUUCUGAAACUACAGAGGUCAUAAAUGAGGUCAAACCUUCAGUUCAGCAGGAGGUCCAGGCUCAACCUCCAUCCCAAGAGGUCCAGGCUUCAUUUCCAGGCCUCUCUGAGAACAUGGAAUUAUCUGGCUGGCAGAUUGUAUCAUCAACCAUUUCUGAAACACAGAAGUUCCAGAGUGAGAUGGUAGCUCUACAUUUGGGUCAGACUCUAACUCAGCUUUCGCCAGACAAGGAACCUGCUGAGAAAAUGGAAAUUUCUUCACCUGUGCAGGAGACCCUCACUCAGCUUUCAGAGUUACCAACAGAUAUCGUUUUGGCUCAGGCUUCAGAGCAUUUGGAAGGACCACUUUCAGCAUCAACUCGGCAUCCAUCAUCAGUCCGGGUCACGACUCUCACGGCAGAACCAAGUAGGGAGAGUAAAGCUUCUACGACCCUGAAGAAGACUACCGCUCCCACAGAGCACACUGUGACAAAACCAACAGGGAAUGUGCGGACUCAUUCAAUCGCCACUAAGAUUUCAGCUCUACCCAGUCUGGGGGUUUUGAAGACAGUACCUUCUCCAACCACACAAAAGACUACAGGUCAGACUUCUCAUCAAAAUCAACCUUCUACACACCAAUAUAUAACUGUAACUCCGGAACGCACUGUGAAGACUAAACCCUCGACAACCCUGACAAGUACCAGUGCUACAGAACACUCAGAUGUGACACCUAUCACACCAUCUCUGAGUCCUCAUUCAAACCUGAGUGAAGUCACGUAUCCACCUAUAAACAAGGACGUUCCUGUCACUGAAGGCAGGUCAGUUACAGCUCCAACCAUGCAAGAGACUGGAGUUCCGUCUUCAAAGGCCCCAAAGAAAGCCGAGGUAACAGUUUCAACAAGUACCACUCUGACAACCCCCACAGAGGGAUUGCUGUCAGAACAGGGUCAGCAUCAACACACAGAUCUGAGUGAACAGACAUCUAUAACUUUGGACGAAACGCCACAACCAGAAACAUCAAGGACAGCUUCCCUGACUCACUCUUCAGCCCUAUCUUCUGGACGAUCUACUUCCGAAAAGGCACAUGUAGAUUUCCCUGAGCAACUACAACAGAAUGAACACAUGACCUUCAACAUAUGUGAGCUUUGUACCUGCACAGAGGAUACCCUCUCCUGCACCGGUCUCAGUCCAGAGAAGAGACUCCGUAGAGUGCCUGUGCCAGGGCCCAACAUCAAUAGGACCUUCACUAUACUGAAUUUCCAAGGAAACUCUAUUUCUUCCAUUGAUGGAAAUACAUGGAAGGCAUACCCUUGGGUUGAGAAACUAAUCCUCAGUGACAAUUCUUUGACUGAAUUACAUAAGGAUUCAUUUGAAGGCCUGCUAUCCCUCAAGUACUUAGAUUUAUCCUGCAAUAAAAUACAGUUUAUUGAAAGGCGUACAUUUGAAGAACUACCAUAUCUGCAGUAUAUGAAUCUUAGUUGCAAUUUAAUCACCGAACUGAGCUUUGGAACGUUUCAGGCCUGGCAUGGAAUGCAGUUUUUACAUAAGAUAAUUCUCAGUCAUAAUCCUCUAACAGCUAUUGAAGAUUCAUAUCUUUUUCAAUUACCAGCAUUAAAAUAUCUAGACAUGGGAGCAACACAAGUGUCGCUUGGACCAGUCCAAAACAUCCUCAUGAUGACUCUUGAAUUGGAAAAACUGAUCUUACCUAGGCAUCUCACCUGCUGCCUCUGCCAAUUUAAGAAUAAAAUAGACUCUGUCUGCAAAGUAGUCAGACUACAUUGUGAAUGUACCAGCAGCACACACUGUGAUGAGGAAUCCAUAAAUAAUAUAGAAGGGGAGUUCAUGGAGACUUUACAGGCCCGAAAAAAGAACACUAGCACCGAACUGACCAUAGAACCGGACAAGGCCUCAUCAGAGAGAGACAGAAUGUCCUUUUUCAUAAAUGAGCAGCUGGACUUCAAUGAUAAUGAUAUGAUGAAUAAGCUAAAUUACAUAAUGCCUUUUUUCCAGGAAGGUAACAUAAAAGAUGUUGAAUCAACCUUGUUACCCUUCCUUAAGCUCCUUUUUAAAGAUGUAAAAGACAAAGCAAAUCCUGGGGUUCAUUUGAAGAACAGCACAAUUCCGAUGUCUCUACAGCUUGAAUCCAACAAUUCAACAUACAAUAAGUUGAAAAGUCUCCAUUUUCUGAAAAGCUUGAUAAAUGCAGCAACUCAAGCAAAAGUCCACAAAGCUAGGAAGAGAGAGAAAACUGCCACGCUGGUCCGUUCCAUACUUUUCGGGCCCAAAUUGAACCGUCAGAUCUUUCCGAAGAAAUUGAAAACUGUCUGGCCAAAGAGAAAACACUUAGGGAAGGUGGCAGAGAGGGAGAGGAAACCACUGCAGAUGAGCAGCGUGCUCAAGGACCCCGGGGGCCUCCAGAAAAAAGAGCUUCCCUUAGCGGGGAGGCCCAGGAAAUGGGUGGAAAACCCCUUCAAUGAGGAGUCAAACUCCAUCCAGGAGCACAAGGCGGUGUUCUCCAUGCCCCUGGAAGAAUUCUCCAUGGGCAGGCCAUCUGCUGCCACUUCUAAAGUCCCACCCGAGAACCCCAAAGACCUAAGAGACACUUUCCGCGUUUUAGAAGACGCAGAUGCCAGGGUUCGGAACAUGAAGUUUCCCAGCCCCGUGCCACACAAUAAAAUAAAUUAUAAUUUUCAGAAAUCUUAUUCUCACCUGGGAAGCAGAAGGGCUAAAGCCAGCGCGAAUAGAGACACGAAAGAAUCAGCACCCGAGAGGCCGGUGCGGGUCGCCAAGCGGCCUCCUUUCGCUGCGGUGAAGAGCCUCAUCAAGUCCCCGCCAAGAGAGGAGUCUCUGUCUUGGAGAGAUCAGAACAAACCUUUGCUCCAGUCCUUUCAACCUUCACACUCAUCUGCAGGAAAGAAGACCGCAGAAAGCACGCAUGCUGCAAAUGGGGCGAACACCAGAGGCAUCACGGUGCCAGAGAAAACGGUCGGUAGCAAAGGCACCUCCCAUGAGAAGGAUGCCCCGAUGGUGGACAACCUCACGCCGACUGUCAAGCAGUCCAGCAAGAUGCAGUGGGAAUAUCACAACGUGGCCACGGACAUCGUCUCUGCCACACAAAGACCAGACCCAGGAGACAAGCUGGAGAUGGAAUACAUCCAGCAGCUGCGGUCCCUUAUCCCCAACAACAACGUGAGGAAGCUCAUUGCUCACUUGAUGCGGACUCUCAAAAUGGACUGCUCUAAGCCCCAGGUGCAGGUGGCGUGUGCGAAGAUCCUCUCUGAAACCGGCCUCCUGAUGAAGCUUCUCAGUGAGCAGGAGGAAGGAAAGGUUCCCAAGCCAGAAUGGGAUACGGAACAGUGGAAGACUGAGAACUACAUUAGUGAGAAUACCGAAGGCCAGAGUGAACAGAAACAGCCAGACGAAAGUGAGCUCACAAAAGAAGUUCCAGGAUAUGGCUAUCAUGAUGGCUAUCAUGAGGCCAAAGCAAGCGUGGUAAUAUUUGUGAUUGUAGUCGUGAUGAUAUUGAUUAUAAUUAUCGGUCUCAUUGAGAUAUACGGUCAGAGACGAAGAAAAUCUAAAAAUCGAAGAUCCAGGGAGCUCAAGGAGGUCAUAGUAAGAAAAACAACGGAAUUGACUCCGGAGGAGAAAGCAGCCAAGAAGACCAAGGCAGCCAAGAAGACCCAGGGAGCACAGGAACCUCAGCGCCCCCCAACACGUGUCCCCCUGGCACGACAGACCGGCAAAUCUCCACUUGGAACCCCGACAUCACAGACACCCCAGUCACAACUGUCCAUCAAGGCUCCACAGGCCCCCCAUGCACUCGAGUCCUUCAGAUCCCAGGAGAUCCUGUCAUCACAGGAGAUCUCAACUCAGAUUGAGGAAGUACAGGACUCCUCAAAAGGAGCCACCGUGUCCGAAUGAACGGCUCCCGCCUCAGACCACCUGGAAAUUUGUCUUUCAUAGUGAAAGACUCCAUGCUCUUCUAAUAAAAUCACGACGAGCCACAUCCAAGUACUGUACUAAUAAGUUCUUUACAUGCUUGGAAUUUGAAACCUCAUAACAACCCUAUACUUUAUUACAAAACAGAGGCUUGGUUAGGUUACAUAAUGUCCCAUAUUCUUACUACUUACAAUGCCUAGAUCUAAAUCUUUGAAAUGACUGUCUAUACUCAUGAUCAGUAUUCAUCCUUUUUCUUGUCCUUUGCUAGAUCUCCAAUCAAGUCUCCUAAAACAUUUUUUAAAAAUCAUCUUACCAAUCAUCUUUUUUAAAAAUCAUUUGAAAAAAAAUCAUCUUACCUCUGCCUGCUUCCCCCAAUCUUAUCGACCCAGGGGUCACACCCAUAAGCCACCUCCUGUAGGCACCAGAUAAUCAUCUCAUCAGCCACUGUCCAGAAUUCUGCUGCUUCUCCUGGAAGGGAGAAUAAAAUGAGGCCUCCCGUAGCCAUGCUACCGGACUCCUCACCAGGCUGUUUACAUUCAGGGGUGCACAAGAGGGGCGCAGGUGAGAGCCCUCCCCACCCCAAGGGUCUCAGCCCUGGCAGCCGACCUCCACUACCCAACCGCCGCCAUACUCUGAGCCGCUUUUCACAUGCUUGGGCCGAGCCUUACGCAUGAGUGGACAUAUUCCUGGAUCUCGCAGCAACUUGAUGGCCGUGUGACACAUCAUCAUAGAGGGAAAUUUAUGUAAAUGCCUCUUGGAGAGCCCAGCAAGCUACCAAUAGUAUCCUGCCCACAUGGCGGAGCCUGGUAAGCUCCCUGUGGUGAAUUCAAUAUGCCAAAAAAUAAACAAUAACAGGUCUCAUUCUCCUGACCCCAAAAGAGCCUCCAAUCAUUGGGAAAGACAAGUAAGGAGAGGCUGCUAAAAUCUCAGGGCUGGUCGAGUGGAGACGUUACUGGCACCUGCCCAAGUAAAUCAAUGAACAACAGGAUGACAGUGAUGCAGUAAAGAGCUUCUCAGCAAUUCCUAUAAAAUACUUAUUUUAUCAUUUAAAAAUGAAUAUAUGAGUAAGUCCAGCAAUGGACUUGGGAAUUAAAGCUAAAAAAAGAGGUCAACAUUCGUGUAACCAAUAAAGGCUAUUGGCAGGAUGCAGGACUGGAGCUGGAAUCCCUCCCCUAGCAGGGAUGAGGUCCGAGAGGAAUGGGUGGGAUGGGAGGAUGGGAGCCUCUCCUCAUGCCCCCAGAAUAAUCGUCCCUGAAGAGCUGUUAAAACCACCAUCCUCCAGCAGGGAUGAGUAUUAAAGCAAAACACAGCCAAUCCUGUCGUUCUCUCCAAGGGCUCCCCAAGUGCCACAGCAGUUAAUGACAGCAGACUCAACUCCUGCCCCUACUUAUGGGGUCACUCUAACGGGCUCUUGAAAUGACCAGAACUUUUGCAGCAGUGUCUAUACCGCUGUUGAUGCUAAGACCUGUCUGUUUUCCCAAACUCUCAAACUUAUCCACAAGUGCAUGCCUGUAGGAUAACAUAGCCUCUGAUAGUUUAGAUUUAUUGGGUUACUCCCGUUACGGUGCUCCCAUUCCUCUGUGUUUAUUUGUAGUUUCUUAGUAUUCUGUUGACUUGUAAAUAUUGUUUUGUAUUUCUGUUCUCCUUGAGUCCUUUGCAUAGUUUAUUCAGAGCCAUGUCCUUUCUUGUAUAGACACAAGAAGACAAUAUUAUGCCUUUGUAACUUGGGACUUAAUUGGCCUCGAAUAUUAUUCCCUCCCGGGCAUCUGCUUUCUCCAGUUAAACCUCAGUUGCCCUCAGUUCCUAGCACCCCCAAAACAGGGUCCCGAUGAGGGAUGGGAUGGAUCCAGGGCAAGCGGUGAGUUAUGUGCUACCCUGGCAUCCAGAUGGGCCUGGCCAAAGUGCCUAAUUCUUUUUUCUUUUUUUUUUUUAAUAUGGAACUCUUCGCGAAUUUGCGUGUCAUCCUUGCGCAGGCCAUGGUAAUCUUCUCUGUGUCGUUCCAAUUUUAGUAUAUGUGCUGCCGAAGCGAGCACCAAAGUGCCUAAUCUAAACUAUAAGUUAAGAGCUUGAUCAUGGGCAAAUGCUAUCAUGAUCCAAAAGUAAUGACGAGACUAGGACCCUGUUAGGGAUAGGAAAGACUAAUCUGGCUUGAGCACUGUAGUCUGAGAUCGAGAUGGCUCCAGGAGAGCAAUUCUAUAAGCUUUAAUACAUUUCUUAUAGUGUCCAUACAAAAUGAUUAAUAUUAUGAAUGCUUAUAUGCUUGCUAGAUGAGGAGAAGAGAAACACACUCAUGGGUCUCCGCCCUUGGGUGGAUCCUCCUGCUGAAAGAGAAUCAGUCCUAGGAGAAGCAUCCCCUGAGGGAAAGGAACCUUACCCCUAUUGAUUGUGACCACACCUCUGUGUAAGCCCCAACCCCCUCAUGCUGGGGGGAUUUAACUAGGCUGUAAAAGUGGGUUGGGGGGCCAGAUCCACAGAUCCAGGGAGAGAUCUAGAACUGGGACAGAAGCAGAGAGUGAGAAUGAAAUAAACUGAUCGAGCAACCA